GUAGAAUUCCGGGACCCACCUUGGCACAUAAAGGGUAAUUGUGGUCUGUGAAUCAUACAGUCAUUGUUUGCGCAGAGGGAGAGAACCCAUUUGUGGGGCGAGGCUUUGAAGGAAGGAAAGGGAGAGCCAAGAGAAUGCCGGGAGUGAGAGGGCCCUCAGAUUACUCGCAGGAACCACCUCGUCACCCAUGCCUUAAAAUCAACGCCAAGGAACCAUUCAAUGCAGAGCCACCACGUUCGGCCUUGAUUUCCUCUUAUGUGACUCCUGUGGAUUUUUUCUACAAGAGAAAUCAUGGCCCAAUCCCAGUAGUUGAUGACAUAGAAAGAUAUUGUGUUUCUAUCUCUGGGUUAGUAGAAAAUCCUAAGGAGCUGUUUAUGAAAGAUAUCAGGAUGCUUCCAAAAUAUAAUGUCACUGCCACUUUACAGUGUGCAGGAAAUAGAAGGACUGCUAUGAGUAAUACCAGAAAAGUGAAGGGAGUCGGCUGGGAUGUUUCUGCCAUAGGAAACGCUGUCUGGGGUGGCGCCAAGUUGGCUGAUGUUCUUGAACUUGUUGGGAUCUCUAUGUUGACAAGUACCACUCAAUCAGGUGGAAAACAUGUUGAAUUUGUAAGCAUUGAUAAAUGUAAGGAAGAAAAUGGAGGCCCCUACAAAGCAUCAAUUCCACUAAGUCAGGCCACAAACCCUGACGCAGAUGUUUUACUUGCUUAUGAGAUGAACGGAGAGACUCUUAAUAGGGAUCAUGGCUAUCCAUUGCGUGUGAUUGUCCCGGGUGUUAUUGGAGCCCGUUCUGUUAAAUGGCUAGAUUCUAUCAGUGUAAUUGCGGAGGAAUGCCAGGGUUUCUUUAUGCAAAAGGACUACAAAAUGUUUCCACCUUCAGUCGAUUGGGACAACAUUAAUUGGUCAACCAGGAGAGCACAAAUGGAUUUCCCUGUUCAGAGUGUAAUAUGUUCUUUAGAGGAUGUGAGUGCAAUAAAGCCUGGAAAGAUAAAAGUUAGUGGAUAUGCAGCAUCAGGAGGUGGCCGUGGCAUUGAGAGGGUAGAUGUGUCUGUUGAUGGUGGCAAAACCUGGAUGGAAGCCUCCAGAUACCAGAAGACUGGCAUCCCAUACAUCACGGAUGAUAUAAGCAGUGACAAGUGGGCAUGGGUGCUUUUUGAGGUUACCGUCGAUGUCAUGCAUAGCACAGAGAUUGUUGCGAAAGCGGUGGAUAUAGCAGCCAAUGUCCAACCUGAAAAGGUGCAAGACAUUUGGAACUUGAGAGGAAUACUGAACACCUCAUGGCAUCGAGUUCAAGUUCUAGUCGGUCACUCAAAUCUGUAGACGGAAAGACCAAGCAUCAUCAAAAAAAAUUCCUUCUCUUGGUUAAAUUGACCGGGUUUGUUUUUCUUAUGUGAUGUACGCAAAUAAUGGUUAUGAUGUGAAAUAAAAGUGCAAGUAGUUGUAUCUUUUGGGUUGUUUGUUACUGUUUUUGUUUUGAAAUAAAAAACAAGACAAAGCCAAUCAUUUCUGUA